GUGGACAUGCCAUCAGUUGUAAACAAAGAUGGCGCCGCGAGUCCCUGAUGAGAUUGACGUGUUCACCGCCCCGCACUCCCGCAUGAAGGAGCUGGUCAACAUCUACACCAGGAAGAUGAGUUGCGUUGACUUUCGGGACGUGCCAGAGGUGGUGUCGCUGCUGCAGGACCUGGACACCACCUUAUGGGAGUUCAAGUCACAUGAGUCCAUUGAGAACAUCUUCAUCAUGGACCAGCUCAAGAACCGCCUCAAGCAGCACCAGAUAUCCAACACCGCUGUGUGUGACUGCCACAACGACAACCAGCUCUCCGAUGUGGUGCAGCUGGUUCGGCGCGGCACACAGGUGAGGGAGCGCAGCGUUGGGGAGCGCAUCACCUUCGGCCAGCAGCUGCAGGAGGCAUUCCAAGCAUUCGUUAACACCUUCUUGCCCCACAUGGAGGAGGAGGAGCAGGUGUUUCAGCCCAUGUUGGUGGAGUAUUUUGACUAUGAGGAGCUGAAGGUACUGCGUGAGAUAGUCCUGAAGGAGCACGAGCUGGCCAAGGAGAGAUGGCACAUGGAGAAGGCACAGGAUCUUCAGGAGGGACAGCCAGAGACCCACAGUUCAGUGAAGGACCUGCGGGACUUGGACUGGGACCUCUGCAGUCUGACAGGGACACUGGACGAACUGGAGGCUCAAGAUGGUGAACUUGGCUGUCUUCCCCCUCCUCUCCCCCUCCCACCUGAGCAGCCUCCUCUCCCCCCUGACCACUCCCUCCACCCUCACACGCCCUGCCACACUCUCCCACACCUCACGCAGGAAGACAGCUACAGCUCGCCUUACCCAGACCCCCAGACUGACAACUACCUCUUGUCAGACUACCAGGACCUCUCAUUUGACAGCCACACUCACCACAUUCCAACACAAGAUCAUAGUUUGUCCCUGUCACCCUAUUCUGUCACCACCGCCACCGCCACUGCUAUCGCCGCCUCUCCUGCUCUCCCCACGGAUGUUCUGGUGGAGAUAUUUCGAUACCUGACGCCUCCUGACCUUGGAAGAUGUGCUCAGGUGUGCUCUGCAUGGAAUAGUGCUGUCUUCUCCCCAACUCUCUGGCCAGCAAUCUUUCCGGUGCAGUGGGCUCGAGGCAUCUGGGAGCAGCGUGACGUGGGGCUGUGUGGCGUGCUGGAGGACGAGGCGUUCCAGCAGCAGCAGCAGCAGCAGUAUGGUUGUGGCAGCAGGAAGUGGGAUGAGGAUGCUGAUGUGGAUGAGACAGAGGAGGUAGAGGAGAGUGCUCUGGCAGUGAGGGAGUGCAGGGUGAUGGAAAGCCUGGUGCAGUGGGUGUUGCCGAGGGUGGGGGCAGGUGUCAGCACGCUGGUAGUGGAUGUUGGGCAGGGCAUUACCUCCCGUCUCCUGCACCAAGCCCUCCUGCUGUGCCCCAACCUGACCUUCCUCUCUGCCGCCCACUCCUCUGUGGACUCCUACACCUUCAAGGGGCUGUGGCUCCAGGGCAGCCUGCGCAAGCUGUGUCACCUAGACCUGCAGGGGUGUGAGCUGGUGGACGACUCCACCCUGCACUACCUGGCGCUGUGUGUGGGCCAAGGCAGCGGCCAGACCACCACAGCCCUGCCCGCCCAGUCCUACCUGGAGGAGCUAGUGUCUGAGGGCGACUGCUGCCGCUGUGGGUACUCUGGUCCGGCCUGGCCCAACAUGCCCUGCCAGGGGAGGAACACACAGAGGCCUCAGGGCAUGCAUCUCAAUUCAUCCCACGUAGACAUUGAGGAGAUCUACUGCCCCCGUGGCCCAGCGGGCUGGGAGGUGACGAUGGGAGACAAUGUGUGCAGGAGUUCCAUCCCGUCCUCACACAGCCGGUCGUUGCUGGCAUCUCUUAACCUGUCUGGGUGUUGGCGUGUCAGGGACAAGGGACUGCUAGCACUGGGAGCGGCCGGGGGACUGCUGGGCCUCACCUUCCUGGACCUGAGUGGUUGCUACCAGCUGACAGGCCAGGGGCUGGAGACUGUGGCUCGCGUGUGUCCGGCACUGCCUGCCGAGAAGCUGUGGUACUGUGACGACAUCCUGGAUGGUCCCUUCCCUACCAUGGCCAAUGGGUGUGCCAACCUGGCCAACCCGGUGAGGAUAUGUUGCCGCAGUGGCCAGUAGGAUCACGCCAGGCCCUGCCACACUCAACACACCAGCGCGUUGCUUCUGGUUCCUGCCGAGGCUGCUUGGGGCUGCUUCCUCUCCAGUUUUUGUGAAAAUGGGUGAAGGUUCAACCAUUACAGUCACUGCUUGGCUACAAGAGAGACUUGCAAGGUGUGUGGUGUUCCUGUGCCUCUUGGAGCACAGCAUGCCACACACCUGCAAUGUGUCAGUGGGCAGACCACUCCCACACUGCAGCAGCACAGAAGCCACACCAUUGUUGGAUGGGCCAUCACUGCCAUCAUCCAUCCACCAGUCACUAGUCAAACAUUCUCCUCCAAAAUAGUCUGCAUGUAUUUGACAAGUGAGUGAGUCUGCCUGACCCAUCUGUGGCGCACGUUGAGUAGCAGUGUUCUCCGAGCACGUCAUACACACAACUCAACACCAUAAGGACAAGCCUGAGCUGCAUUGUGGCACGGUUUUCUAAGUGGAAUUGGGAACACUUACCUGGAAGCAGCAGUGAGUGAGCAGCCUUCCAGCAGUGUCAUGUUGCUGUGGUAGGUGCUGGUGUCGUCUUGGGUGUUGUAGGGAACACACCGUCACACCACUGACUUGUUUGAACCCUCCACUGUGCAGCCUGUCUUGCCUCCUCUGUCUUUGCACAAGCUCCUACUGGUUGCCUGGCAUUGAAUUGCACCAGGCAGCGAGGAACUCUGGUGAGGCAACAGGCAUCUUUAGUCAUAACUACCAUUAGAUGAGUAGGUCAACAUGUCAGUGCAACAAGACUACCUAAUUGACCCUCCAUAUUCUUAGCCUACUGUAAUGCCACCCAGGCAUGUGUACCACUGCAGGACACUCAGAUAGCCAUUGCCUGCACACACACACACACACACACACACACACACACACACACACACACACACACACACACACACACACACACACACACACACACACACACACACACACACACACACACACACACACACACACACACACACACACACACACACACACACACACACACACACACAUUCAGCAGUCCCUUGGUAGCCUGAAAUCCCUGACACUCGAAAUAUAUCACUCGACCAUAAACCAAUAAUUUUAAACAAGACUAGUAUCCUUCUUUUGUCCGUCUGUCUGUCUAUCUUCCUACCAAGCUGGCAAUUCAACAUGUGGUGGACCAGAUAAGGUACCAAAACACCACACAAUUCCUCACAUACAUUACUCUCUCAAGAUCAUAGGAAUUGACAGGUUUGCAUUGCUUUCCCUGUACAUACAUCAGAACAGUGUGGGAAGCCAGGGUAUGCUUCUUGGAAAUUUCUACCUAAUUGUGUAUGCCAUGUUCUGUCUGGUGUGGCUGGCGGCAGUGAGCUAUGAGCCUCUGUAGCUUAGAGGAAAGGGGAAUGCUACCUGCUUGAGCUGAAGUUUUGUGGAGGUAGUGAUGGUCAGCCUGAUGUGAAUGUCAAGGCAGUGAUUUGAAGUUUUGUGAAAGAGAAACCCAACUCAUCUUUUUUUUAGUGCUGGUGUGUGCGUGUGUGUGUGUGUGUGUUUCUCUGUUUGAUCUGCUGCAGUCUCUUACAAGACAGCCAGACGUUAUCCCAUGGAACGAGCUCAGAGCUCAUU